ACCAAUCAGAGAGUUUGUAGAAUAUCGCUGUCAUGUCGGUUAAUUCUAGGCGGUAAAGAAUUAAUUUCUACGUAUUAACUUGUAUUAUUAUUUAUCGCCAAAAUGUCGCAACAAAAUGCUCAUGGGGAUCAUAAGGAAAAGAAAAGGAAAGAAAGUAUUCUAGAUUUGUCAAAAUAUUUAGAAAAAAAUAUCAGAGUCAAAUUUGCAGGGGGUAGAGAAGCUGCAGGUAUUUUAAAAGGUUAUGAUCCACUUUUGAAUUUAGUGCUUGAUAAUACUACUGAAUAUCUUAGGGAUCCUGAUGAUCCUUACAAAUUAAAUCAAGACACACGUAUGUUGGGUUUGACAGUUUGCAGAGGAACUUCAGUUGUACUUAUUUGUCCUGUCGAUGGCAUGGAAUCAAUACAAAAUCCAUUUAUACAACAGGAGGGUUGAAUGAUAUUAGUUAAUAAUAAUUUAAAUAUAAAUCAAUUUAUAUAUAUAUAUAAUUUCCUAAAAUAUUGAUAUGUUCUUUUUAUUGUCUAGAUAAAGUUAUUUUAUGCAAAAAAAAAGUAUAAAAAUAACAAUUGUUUCUUAUUAGAUUAUAUCUUUCGUAGUAUCCCUUUU